AUGAAAUCAUUUGGUUUCGUUACUUCCCUGUUGGCGGUGGCUCUUUCUGUUGCGGCCGACCCAAUCCUCCAAGCCCCUGUCAACACUCCAACACUAAUUCAAACUUUUAUCGUCAAUCCUCGCUUUGCGCCUUGCCUUCAGGCAUCCGGAAACUACGACGGCGCCCCAGUGACCAUCGCGAAUUGCGGUACAUUCAACGGCGCACAGCGUGAGUGGAUCGUCGUUAAAGGUGGUGCAGAGGAAGGUACCACCAACAAAGGACCGGUCACCCAAAUCAAAAUCUAUGGCGAUAAAUGUCUCGACGUUCCAAACGGAAACAACUCCAACGGCCAGAAGUUGCAAAUAUGGACGUGCUACGAUGGUAAUAAUAAUCAGAAGUGGCGCGUCAACGGUGAUGGAGCGUUCCAGUGGGCAGGCCAUAACAAGUGCCUCGACCUGACGGAUGGAAACCUAGCCGAUGGUACACAGGUCCAGAUCUGGCAAUGUGGAACGCCAGAAUCCCCCAACAUCAACCAGUCAUGGAACGCCGUCCCUCCUCGAUGA